UUUAUCCACGACUACAUGAAUGCCUUCCGCAAAGAAGUCAGAUGGACUAUCGCCAUGAAGCUGUACGCGACGCUUGUGGUGCCGCUGUUCAUAGCAGCGACAUGGCGCAGUGCUACUGCCAGGGUUCAGCUUUGGGGCAUGUUUGUGUCCUCUGGCACCCACCUUACUCAUGCUCAGUCUGCUGAAAUCCAGACUAAAUCCCUCCUCUUUUGCGGAGUAUACGCCACUUCCUUAGCUUGGCCUGAUCUCUUUUGCUAUGAAGAAGCCCAAUGCCUCGCCUACGAGAUCAAGGUGAAUGCCCAAAUCGAACUUCCGCCGACUCUCCCAUCCUGUUGGGCUCUAAAAGGUCCGUGCAGCGUUCCCUUCACGGAUGUAGCUGAUGUAGGAUGCGUGUAUUUCCAUCCUGUGGCCAUGCCCUGGGAUGACGCCCGAGCCUUCUGCCAAGACAUGGGGGCCGACCUUCUGGUGCCAAGCGAUUACAAUGCAUUUCUUAUUUGGGGAGAGAACGUGGGGCUCACCACUAAAGAACCAUGGUUAGGAGCAAGUGGCACAACCUGGCUGGAUGGAAGUGCCGUGCAGAGGGCGGGUUUGAAUGUGAACGAGUGCCUCAGGUUACAUGGAGGCCCAAAUGUUGGUGAUCAAGUCUGUACUGCUUUCUAUCCGUUCCUUUGCGAACUGACGCUUCCCUAGGAACAUCGGAUUCAAAGUUAGACAAAUACGAAGGACAGUUUUUGGGAAAAUAGCAUUGCCGUUAAAUGUACCAUGUGGAUUUACCAGAAAUGGACAGGAAAAGAGAUAGAGACAGAAGAUAGGAGAAAGAGUGAGAAAAGAAAGAGGGAGAAUAUAACCAUGUUUAGAACCCUAAGCACGAGUUCACUUUAUAAUUUAUGUAGAUUUAGAAUGAAAAGCAAUGGUCAUACCAUUAUGCUAACUGAUUAGCUAGUCCUCUCAAAUGAUACAAAAUGGUUUGUUCAUAAGCACUGGCUAACCUUUAAGUUUCCUUGAGCAGGAUUCGCAGUCGACUUUCUACCCUAUUAACGUCAUAAAGUCAACCUAAGUUAUGCGUU